UUUGGCAGCCCUAAGAAGGUGUCCGCUGCUGUGUUUUGCAUCUCUAUUCCUGCGUUUCUUAUCGUGGAGGCUUAUGGUGAAAGUAGUGUUUCUCGUCGUCUUGUGAACCUCCCCUACAUUGCUCUUCAGAUUGGUCUUCUAGCUCCUCCUUUUGCCCUAUUCAUUUAUCACUCAUUCACCACACCCGUCUCUCCUCGCAACGGUCGUAAGGAUUUCAUUCCAUUCUACGCCAAAAUUGCCGAUCAUGGUACAGUGUACUUCCUGUUUGGUGUUUUUGGAGGUGAAACCGAUUUGGUUCUCAAAUUUGUGCCAGUUUUUAUUGCUUUCAAUGUAUGCUGGAAUCUGCCCACUACUAGCGGAAUGGCUUAG